GAGAGAGAGAGGAGGAGAGGGGAGAAAAAAGAGUGAGAGGGACGCAGAGAGAGCUUGAGGAGUAGAGAAGAGAGAGAGAAUGAGUCCAACCUCCACGACUUCGAUUCCCUAAACACCUCAGCUUCCCCCAGUUUCAAUCCCACUGAAAGUGGUGAAUGAUGCCAGCCAAAUCUAAAGAUGAAGAUCCAAAAUUAAAACCAGGAGUCCAGAUUGUUUUGCAAUCAACUAUACAACCUUGGUGGCAUGGAGUGGGAAAUAGUUUUUCUUUUGGUGAAAGUGCUGUAGCAUCAUCUUUGGCAGAACGUGGUAACAGUGUUGUGAUGAAUGGAGCUAUGCAGUCACAUUCAAGCAACUUCAACAAAGAUGUACAGACUACAAUAGGAUCACAGUCUGAUGGGAAUAGUGGACGUGAAAACCAACAAAUGAAAAGCACUUCAUCUGCAUCGGCUGCUAAAUUGGGUGAACAUCUUGAUGCCAAUUCACAAAUGGAACUUGUUGGCCACUCAAUUGCACAGAAAUUUCUGGUUUUGACAUCAUAUCCAUAUCCAGAUCCACAAUACGGAGGGAUGUUGACUCAUUAUGGGCCACGAGCUAUGGUGCCCCCUCAAUUCUAUGGCUUGCACCAUGGCAGAAUGCCCUUGCCUCUUGAAAUGGAAGAGGAACCUGUUUAUGUAAAUGCCAAGCAGUACCAUGGUAUUUUGAGACGAAGACAGUCACGUGCCAAAGCUGAGCUAGAAAGGAAGCUUAUAAAAGUUAGGAAGCCAUAUCUUCACGAAUCUCGUCACCAGCAUGCCUUGAGGAGAGCAAGGGGUUGUGGAGGCCGUUUCCUCAAUACAAAGAAGCAAGAUGGCAGUGAUGCAAAUUCCUCAUUAGAAAAAUCCAUUAAUUUGGAUGCAAACUUUUCACCGAAAUCUGCCAAAUCUGGUUUUGAGUGCUUUCCCAAUGAUAGUAAUGGAAAUUUUGUUUCCUCCAAUGUCCAGCAAGAAGGAUCAGGUUCAUGGUUCAGGACACUCAAUAACCACACACUCACCCAUGGUAAUGGCAAUGGCCAUGGCCCCUCAUCGGCAUAUCGUACAACAUUUGGUAACGGUACGAAAGGUGUUUUCCUUGGUGAACAGAAGGAAACAAUGCAGGUGAAUGGAUCCUCACAUGGGGCCAUUCACAGUAAAUGACAAAAUUUCCCUAUAAGGUGUUGCUGAAGGUGUGCACUUUCCAGCUUGGAAAAACCCUUCUUGUGCAAUGUCUAAAUCAGGCAAUUCAUUCUUGGCUUUGGUUACUUUGUAAUUAUUGGGAUGAUACGCCAGGAGAUAGGUGAUGGACUCCAUGCUGUCUUCAGUCAUGAACCGCUUCCACUCGCCCCCUGUUGUACAACACGCAGUAAAACAAGUAGCUGUUUGGAACUUUAAAAAAUAGUUGUGCGUAGUAGAUUUGAAACAGUGUGGUUUUUCUUUUCUGUAAGUGUGUUUAGAAUUUCUGUUUUGAGGCAAUGAGAACUUACUGUGUACCUACUUGAAUAGUUUCUCUAUACUACCUCUCACAAUUUG